AAAAUAAAUUUAAACCGUUGUUUUAUAUUAAAAAAUAUUACUUAGUAACAGUACGGGAUUAUUCUGUACAUUUUGGAUCAUCAUGUGGACUACAAAAACAUUUUUAACUAAAACCAAACGCGGCAACAUUUUGAAGAUUGUGAGGGAGCAUUACUUGCGAGACGAUUUACUCUGCGGGUCUGAAGCAUGCGUGCUUUGUCCGCACAAGGACGAUGAAAUAGUGUUGGAGUUGAAACCGAAAUCAAUUUGUGCGCUUUUCGAAGAACCCCACUACGUGGUCCUCGACACCAACGUGGUGCUGCACCAGAUCGACGUGCUGGAGGAGGACGCGCUCACGAACGUGAUCGUAUUGCAAACAGUGCUUGAUGAAGUCAAGCAUCAGAAUACGGCUAUAUUUCAAAGACUGCUUGAGAUUAUAGGCAACAAGAAAAGGAAAUUUUAUUCGUUUGUAAACGAACAUCAUAAAGACACAUAUGUAGAACGAAAUCCAGGGGAAAAGCAGAAUGACAGGAAUGACAGAGCUAUCCGGAAAGCAGUCUCUUGGUACGCUGCUCACCUGUCAACCAACAACACCGCAGGCUCGUUCCCGCAGGUAGUUCUGCUUACUGAUGAUGAAAACAACAGGAAGUUAGCUCAGGAGGAAGGGAUAGUGUGCUGUUCUGUCAAAGACUACAUUGAAAAUGUAAACGGUUUUCCGGGACUGGUUGACAAGUUGUCCAAGAAUGUGAUACCAGAGAGCUGCACUAAGGAUGCUUUGUAUCCUGCACACUUAACGUUAGGGCAGAUCCGCACUGACAUCAAGCACGGGAAACUGUACCAGGGUACCUUUCACGCUUCCAGAGAUAACUUCUUGGAGGGCACUGCAUCUGUCAGCGGAUUUGACAGACCGAUUCUCCUUCAAGGCCACUCAGGCAUCAACAGGGCUGUCGACGGCGACCUGGUGGCCAUAGAAGUGUUUCCCAAAGAGGAAUGGCGUAAACCUAGUGAUAUCGUGCUUGAAGACAAGGCAGAUGACCCCGGAGACCUAUUAGAAGAGGAAGCAGUGCUACUGAAGAACGCACAACCGGCGGGUGACGAUGAAAUAACGCCAACCGGGAAGGUUGUAGGCAUAAUCAGGAGGAAGUGGAGACAGUACUGUGGAAUACUGAUGCCUAGCAAAUUCCCAGGUGCGACGCGUCAUCUAUUCACGCCGGCGGAGCGUCGCAUCCCACGCGUGCGAAUCGAGACGCGACAGAGCGACGUACUAGCGUCGCAACGGAUCCUAGUCGCACUUGACUCUUGGCCGAGAAAUAGCCGGUACCCGCUCGGACACUUCGUGCGAGCCCUCGGGCCUAUCGGGGAUAAGGACGCAGAGAACGAGGUGCUUCUGUUGGAACACGAUGUACCGCACGCGCGCUUCAGUGAAGCGGUUCUCGCCUGUCUACCGCCCACUGACUGGACCAUCACGGACGAGGAAGUGAAAAAGCGUGUAGAUCUCCGCGGCAUCACCAUCUGCUCCGUGGACCCGCCCGGCUGCACGGACAUCGACGACGCCCUGCACGCGCGGCCCAUCCCUGGCCUGACUACCGACGGCCUGCGACGAUAUGAGGUGGGUGUCCACAUUGCUGACGUCACGCACUUCGUGAGGCCGAACACGGCGCUGGAUAAGGAGGCCGCCCUCAGGUCCACGACGGUGUAUUUGGUCGACAAAAGAAUCGACAUGGUUCCAGAUCUGCUGAGUUCGAACCUGUGCUCGCUGCGCGGCGGCGAAGAGCGGCUGGCGUUUUCCUGCGUUUGGGAGAUCGACGAGAACGCUAACGUCCUCUCCACCAAGUUCCACAAGAGUGUCAUCAAGUCGUCAGCCGCGAUGACCUACGAGGAAGCGCAGCUGGCGAUCGACGACGCGAACCGACACGACGCCGUGGCGACCUCGCUACGGACACUCAACGCGCUCGCUAAAAAGCUCAAGAAGAAACGGAUGGACAACGGCGCGCUGCUGCUCGCCUCGCCUGAGAUACGCUUCCAGGUGGAUUCAGAAACGCACGACCCGAUAGAAGUGCAAGCGAAGAAGAUAGUCGACACAAACUCCAUGGUAGAAGAGUUCAUGUUGCUGGCCAACGUGAGCGUCGCAGAGAAGUUGGCCGCUGAGUUCCCACAGUGUGCACUGCUGCGGCGGCAUCCCUCGCCGCCACCGGGCAACUUCACAUCAUUCCUUAAGGCUGCGAGGCAACAGGGCUUCGAAAUCGACGUAGCAACAAACAAGGCCUUCUCCGCGUCUCUCGACGCCGCGCGCAUCCCCGACCGGCCUUUCUUUAACACGUUACUCCGCAUCAUGGCAACGCGGUGUAUGCAGCAGGCUGUCUAUUUCUCCAGCGGGUCUCUGGCGCAAGAGGAGUUCUAUCAUUACGGCUUGGCUUGCCCGAUUUACACGCAUUUCACAUCGCCCAUUCGAAGAUACGCCGACGUCAUAGUCCACCGGCUUCUAGCGGCCUGUAUAGGCGCCGAUGUGACCCACGCCACCCUCCUGGAUACAAAAGAAGCUGGCGCCAUAUGUGACAACCUCAACUACAGGCACAGACAAGCUCAAUAUGCCGGCCGCGCGUCCGUAGCGUUGAACACACAUAUCCUGUUCAAGAACCGCGUAGAGACUGAGUCAGCAGUGGUGCUCGCCGUGAAGAGGAACGCGAUACAAGUGCUCAUCCCCAAGUACGGGCUGGAGGGGCCCAUCUACCUUCCUGAGGACAAGUUCACCUACAACGAAGAGGAGAACAUCCAAAUCUGCGGCGGCACAACCCUAAAGACGUUCGACGAAUUAACAGUCCGCCUGAGCCUGGACAGCAGCAACCCUCAGCACAGGAAGCUGGCCUUCCAACUAGUCCAGCCCCACAUCCCAGGGUUCAGCUACGAACCUCCCGGCCAGGCCAUGGACGUGGAAGUUGUGGAAGUUGUGGAAGUGUCGGAAGUUAAGCGGGAUAAGAGGAAGGACACCUCGGAACCUAAGAGUAAGAAGAAGUCUAAGAGGAAAUAA